AUAUAAGUUGUUUAUUUUAUAAUGCCCUUUAUCGAUUGCUCGCAGAAUGUAAUCAUGUAUGUACUCCUAUUAUAGCUUAGAUUAGAUGCGCCACUUUCGGCACUUGACAAUCAACUACUAUCUGAUGCUCCUAUUAAUCAGCAAAGUUUCCGAGACUAAUAAUCAGAAUAUUUGUUACUGUCAUGGCAUCAGAAUAUAUGUGCAAUUCGCUGACUAGAAUCAGGACGGAUAUGUUGUGUGUGAAGCUCUGGUUGGCCAUUUGAUAUCUUUGGCAAACUUUAUUCGUUUCCGAAAAUUUGGCAGCCGCCCAUGCUGCCUUUGUGAAGAUGCUUAUGCUGUUGGUUUGUGCUGUGAAAGAAUCAGAAUGUCACCGGUCUCCCUGUAGCUAGAAAAGAGCAGCAGCAACGAUCGAUCACGAUCAGUGCAACUUCCAUGCUCCAGCAAUGGCAUUCAGCAAGUGAACCGUGCCCUCCUUAUUAAUGGCUUAUUAUAGCCAAUAGCAAGAACAAGGCAGAGAUUAGAAUGCAGGGGAAUCAUUAGCAGCAUUACAUGUUGGCAACUUAAUCCUCUCGUCGUCGUCUUCAUCAAUCAUCAUUACAUAUUCUGUCAGUAAUAAUCCGAGGGGAGGCAAUUAAAUGGACCAUCUGACAAAGGAGCAGAUCGCUGAGUUCCGGGAGGCAUUCAACCUGUUCGACAAAGAUGGAGACGGGACGAUCACGAGCAAGGAGCUAGGGACGGUGAUGGGGUCGCUGGGGCAGUCGCCGACGGAGGCGGAGCUGAAGAAGAUGGUGGAGGAGGUGGACGCGGAUGGCAGCGGCAGCAUCGAGUUCGAGGAGUUCCUGGGCCUCCUCGCCCGCAAGCUCCGCGACACCGGCGCCGAGGACGACAUCCGCGAGGCCUUCCGCGUCUUCGACAAGGACCAGAACGGCUUCAUCACCCCCGACGAGCUCCGCCACGUCAUGGCCAACCUCGGCGACCCCCUCUCCGACGACGAGCUCGCCGACAUGCUCCACGAGGCCGACUCCGACGGCGACGGCCAGAUCAACUACAACGAGUUCCUCAAGGUCAUGAUGGCAAAGCGAAGGCAGAAUAUGAUGGAGGGACAUGGAAGUGGAGGCCAUCGGUCAAGUAACUCCCACAAGAAAUCCGGCUGCUGCGGCCCGAAUUCCUCAUGUACCAUCCUCUGAAAAAGAUGUAGGUUUCAGGUUUGCAACUGUUCUG